AUGGUUCAGCAAGCAAUACAUCAAAAUGCUGCUUACCUAGCCGAGAAACAGGGCCUAGGUGUAAUUGAUGCAGUUUUGGAUGCUUUGAACAAAUCUGGUUAUCAUAAUCAGACAGCUAAGAAAAUUAUGGUAAAAUCUGGUGAUAGUGCUGUUUUGAAUAAGUUCAAGAAUAGCCACAAUUAUGAGCUUGUUUACUUGAUCGAUGGGGAUAUCCGUGACAUUACGAACUCAACAAUUUUGGAGAUCAAAAAGUUUGCCAGUUCUGUAGUCAUCACGAAAGGAUCCGUAUUUCCUACUGAUGCAGCAUUUAUCACCUUGCAAACGGAUGUGGUCCCUAAGUUCCAGGCCUUUGGAUUCCCUGUUUAUGUGGAAAAAUUCAGAAAUGAGUUUUUGUCUCAACCAUGGGAUUUCUACGCGGAUGCUUACAUGGAGAUCAACACACAUGUUUCUUUAAUGGAAAUUAAUGGUGUCAUAACGGACUUCCCAUCUACAGCAGCUAAAUAUAGAAGGAAUCGAUGUUUAGGGUAUAGAGAUUUGCCACUAUACAUGAGCCCUGUGCAACCUGGCGGCCUUAUUAGCCUUAUGGCACCUCAAUAUUUGCCACCAGCCGAGGCUCCAGGCCCUGUCCUGUCAGAGAAUGACGUGAUUGAACCACCUCUACCUCCCGUUGUGGAGAAGCCCCCGACAACGAACACUGGCAAUGGCUCUAUGGCACCAGGUCCCACCACACGAAAUGGACAGCCUACAAUUGUUGCAAGCAUGAUCCUAAGUAGCAUUGCUGUCCUGGCAACCCUUUUGCUUUGCUGA